AUGCAACAACGACAAUUGAUUAUUUUUGUUUUGUUCAUUACAGUUACGUACGGAACACAGAUCAAUUAUUUUGAGCCUGAAGCAAUUUUAUCAAUUCUUCCAGAUCCAAUCACUAUUUUUGCUAAUUUAAUUCAAUUAUGGACUAAUGUAACAGAUUGUCCACCACCAUCUUGUCAAUGUCAAGUAAUAGCUAAUGUCACUAGUGAUCAUGAUGUUUAUCCUGUAAAAUUUUUGCCUGACAAGCCAAAUAUAGGCGCUGCUGACGUUGAUGAUCUUCAACCAGAUACAUUAUAUUCAUUUACUUUAAGUUGUGUUGGAACUGAUCAAACAAUGACACGUUACAAUCGUACAGAUUAUGGUCGUCCAUCAGCACCACAAAAUAUUACAGUUAUACUAAACUCUAAACGUCUCACAUUAUUCUGGUCACCUCCGUUAAAACCAGCUGGACCCGUUAAUAAUUAUAGAUUAAUUAUUGAUCAAUCUCCAGCUAUAGAUAAUAUACCAAACAGUCAAUUCUCUUAUAAUAUGAAAGAAGAUUAUAUUUAUGGACAAAAACAUGUAUUUUAUCUGCUAGCUUGUAAUAUAAAUCGUCAAAAUAUAUCAGAAUGUUCAAAUCCAAAUGAUGGUGAAACUAGUUUUAUUAUGUCAAUGACAACGACAUCUACACAAGUAACAAAUACACCAAAGAACGCCUCAUUUACUUGUGCAACACAAAUAGACUAUUUCAGUCUUGAAUCGUAUGUAGAAGAUUGGAUCGUUCAAACUAGUAUUUUUCCUGAACUUAUUCAAUUAUGGUCUAAUGUGACAGAUUGUCCACCACCAUCUUGCGACUGUGAAGUAAGAAGUAAUUCCACCGAUGACAAUGAUAAUGAUGCUUAUCCUGUAGAAUUUAUGUCUAACAAGCCAAAUAUAGGCUCUGCUGACGUUGGUGAUCUUCAACCAGAUACAUUAUAUUCAUUUACUUUAAACUGUAUUGGAAGUAAUGAGACAAUCACACGUUAUAUUCGAACAGAUAAUGGAUAUCCAUCAGCACCACAAAAUAUUACAGUGCAAUUAAAUUCUAAACAUCUCACUUUAUUCUGGUCAUUUCCUUUAUUACCAGCUGGAUCAAUUAAUCAUUAUAAAUUAAUUUUAAAUAGACAAGUGCUAAGUAAUAAUAUAUCGAACAUUCAAUUCUCUUAUAAUAUGACAGAAGAUUAUAUUUAUGGACAAAAACAUGUAUUUUAUCUUCAAGCUUGUAAUAUAAAUUAUCAAAAUCAGUCACUAUGUUCGCAUCCAAAUGAUAGUAUGGCUACCUUUUAUAUGCCAAUGACAACAACAACAUCUACACAAGAAACAAUUUUUCCAUGA